AUGGCCCUCCUGGGUCUCACCCUGGCACUGCUGGCAAUGACCGUGGCCACCAGGAUCAUUAAGGAAAAGCCCCUGGACAUGGCCCUGGACUCCUUCGAUGACCAGUACCAGGGCUGUGGCCCUGCCAUGAAGGAGGCAUUGCCAGCCUUGCACCGCUCCGAGUUCCAGAAGAAUCCUCGCUUCGCCAAGUACUGGUCUGAGGCCGUGGCUGCUUGGGAGAGGCGGGGGUCCCCUGUGUCCCCUCUGUCAUCCUCAGACCAGGCCAUCGCCAUCAGGGCCUACACCUCGAUUCUCCUGCACGUGUACUUCAACGACAAAGUGAGAGUGGCCGGGCGCUCCCCCCAGGAAUACCGGGACAAUUUCCACUUCAAAACGCUGCAUUUCCUGCUGACCGAUGCCCUGGCCACGCUGAGGGCUGCUCAGGGGCAGCAAUGUCACUUGGCGUUCCUGGGUGAGCACUACAUACGGUACAAGGCAAAGCCUGGGGACAUCGUCUGCUUUGGUGAAUUCGCGUUGGCAUCGCGCUGCAAUAGCAACACUCACAGGUUGAGGACCCCCACGGUAUUGAAGGUGCAGACGUGUCACAGCGCGGAUAUCAAUGCAUUCACUGGAAAUUUCUACAAGGAUGAGGUGGUGAUCCCACCCUUUGAGAAGUUCAAGGUCACCAAAGUCACUGAAGAUGAGGAGAAGGUGGAGAUCCACCUCAACUCCUUCGGGACCUACAGCAAAUAG